AUGGCAACUUCACCCAGCACCACCACCCAAUACGCGUCGGAACAAUUUGUGGAAAGCUGCGGGGCGAUCCUGUUCAACUUAUCCGAUAGUCAAAACAAGACUGUGUGCCUUAUCCAUUACCAUGCGAAGAACGAAUGGCUUCUCGCGAAAGGACGCCGCAACUGUGGUGAAUCCAGGCACGAGGCCGCACUGCGCGAAGUCCGCGAAGAGACUGGUUACCAAGCCCACCUUCAUCCCGUCAGAAUGUAUACCCGUGCACCUCCGAUCGACGAGCAGGGACAGAUGCCAGACGAACCUCGCUCUUAUCCAGAUCUCACCGAGCCCUUCAUGGUGACCGUGCGGCAGUUAGGCGGUGACGGUGAGAGCAAUGUCAAAAUUAUUUGGUGGUAUAUUGCUACGCUAGAUGAAGGUGGUUUUGCUGGAUCGGGUGGCAGUGAGGAGGAGUUCACGCCAGUUUUCUUUUCUUUAGAAGAGGCAGUGAAGAAGCUCAGCUUUCAAAACGAUCGUAUGGUCCUUCAGAAGGCGAUCGCAUUAGUGGAAACUUGA